UUUUAAAGAUAGUGCAGAGCAGUAAACUAUUAUUAUGGUUUAUACAAUGUUCACAAGCUCUCCAAAAUGGAUAAACAGCAGGGAGCAAGCUUCACUGACAAGAUAAAGAAUCAGGGAGAGCUAAUUACUGCAUUUCUUGAAGACAACAGUGAAAAAAUAAUCGAAUUAACAAAAGAUCUUCCUGGAAAUCCAUUAAAUAUAAUCUCGGUAUUGCAGAUUUAUAGAGAGUACAGAGACAUAGGUAUAACUCCAAUAAUUGCUGGAAUAUUGCAUAAAAACUAUCCGUUGUGUUACCGACUGAUUGAUGAGGGCUUACACAUGGACCAACACUUUAAAAGAGAUUGCAUCAAAAGUUCCGAUAAGAUUUCUUACAAGCUAAAAGAAAAAGACGUACCAGUUUUCCUGAGUUAUGAUUUUUCAAUUCAACUUGAAGGAACCUCCGAUGAAAAUUUAUUGAAAUCUCCUGUUUUGGAUAAGCUACCGCAUUGGAAAAUCAAAUAUGGAGCAGUUGAAUAUAAAAUAGUAGAUUUUAACAAAACUACUCCGAUGUUUUGGGCAAUAGUUCACACUUCCUCAGCUAGCUUAGUCCAGAAAUUAAUUUUAAGUGGGUAUAACAUAAAUUUGUUCGUUGAACAGGUAAAUGGAAUGCCAGCUUUGAUGUUAGCUGUACUAGAAAAUAACAUGGAUAUUAUUGAAAUAUUACUUCAAAGAUCUGCUGACACACACGCCAGGGACUUCAAUUACGGUACUGCCCUCGAUGUUGCUAUAGACAAAUCACUUCUAUCUGUUGUGAAAAUAUUGCUAACACAUGGUGAAGACAUAAACUGCAAACAUCAUAUAAUGUCACCGCUUUUGCGAAUGAUUAAGAUGUGUGACAUUACGAUGGUGGAAUACGUUAUAGACUUAGGCGGAAAUAUAAAGGAUGGAUGGAUUAUGGGGAAUUUUGUUCCACCACUGAAUAUGGCGGUUGAUAACUGUUUCUUUGACAUUGCAAUGCUAGGUUUUUUUGGAGAAAGGGGCUGAUGUUAAAGCGGAGGAUUAUGUUGGAGAUACUGCUUUACAUAGAUUGGCAAGGAAAUUAGAAGUAGGUAAUCAACAUAUUACUUACAUAAAAUUAGAACUUGCUCGGGUUCUUAUAAAUAAAGGAGCAG